AAGCCCGCGGCGCCCGGCACACCCACCCCCCAACCGCAGCUCGACGCGGUCCCCUCCGCAGAGCAUCCCGGCGACCCGGGAGCGACGCCUUGGGGACCAGACGCCCAGGGCGGCAGGUGCAAAGGCGCCCGAGCCGGGGGGGCCAAACGCGUCGGCCACGACCGCAGGGGUGCGGGCGGGACGCCGGCUGCAGCGGCCGGAGGUGGGGGCGCAUCCCGAGCCGCCAGCCGUUGCCCAACCCGCCGGGACGUUUGUGCGCGGUCCAGAUCCCGGCUGAUCCCGCGGUCCCGGGCCGCGUGGCCCGGGCAUCGGGAUUGGCCCGCUGCUUCCCCGGGGAGCCGCUGAUGCAAAGCCAGGCUGGGGCGGCCGGGCCCGGCCAGCGCCCUCUAGGCAGCGGAAGUGGAGCUUGCUUUACAUCCGUCCUCCCCGCCUGGCGGAGUUGAAAGAAGGAAGGCUGGGGGGUGUGGAAAAAUAAAAGGAAAAGUCCUUGCACCAUGUAGAUCAGCGCCCCCCACCCUGGCACCCCGGCCGGCGGGGGACCUCCCAGUCUGUGGCCAUGAACGCGAGCAGCGAGGGCGAGAGCUUCCCGGGCUCGGUGCAAAUUCCAGGUGGCACAACGGUGCUGGUUGAGCUCACUCCAGACAUCCACAUCUGUGGCAUCUGCAAGCAGCAGUUUAAUAACCUGGAUGCCUUUGUGGCUCACAAGCAAAGUGGCUGCCAGCUGACCAGCACAUCCGGGGCAGCCCCCAGCACGGUCCAGUUUGUAUCUGAAGAAACAGUGCCUGCCACCCAAGCUCAGACCACCACCAGAACCAUCACCUCCGAGACCCAGACGAUCACAGUUUCAGCUCCAGAAUUUGUUUUUGAACAUGGCUAUCAAACUUAUCUGCCCACGGAAAGCAAUGAAAACCAGACAGCCACUGUCAUCUCUCUCCCUGCCAAGUCCCGUGCCAAAAAGCCCACAGCACCACCUGCUCAGAAAAGGCUUAACUGUUGCUAUCCAGGUUGCCAAUUCAAGACUGCCUAUGGCAUGAAGGACAUGGAGCGUCAUUUAAAAAUUCACACUGGAGACAAGCCCCACAAGUGUGAGGUCUGUGGCAAGUGCUUCAGCCGGAAGGAUAAGCUGAAGACACACAUGCGCUGCCACACGGGGGUGAAGCCGUACAAGUGUAAGACGUGUGACUACGCCGCGGCCGACAGCAGCAGCCUUAACAAGCACCUGCGGAUCCACUCGGACGAGCGGCCCUUCAAAUGCCAGAUCUGCCCCUACGCCAGCCGCAACUCGAGCCAGCUCACCGUCCACCUGCGGUCCCACACAGCUUCAGAAUUAGAAGAUAAUGUUCCCAAACCAACGUGUCCCUCCACGGACAGCAGUGAUGCCCAGAAAGCCCCUGCCUUGGCACUUCCCUCAGCGUCCAAGGAACAAACGGUGACGCUUGGAGAAAGGACCUUCAACUGUUGCUAUCCAGGUUGCCACUUCAAAACUGUUCAUGGCAUGAAAGAUUUGGACCGCCAUCUGAGAAUCCACACGGGAGACAAACCCCACAAGUGUGAGUUCUGCGACAAGUGCUUCAGCCGGAAGGACAACCUGACCAUGCACAUGCGCUGCCACACCAGCGUAAAGCCCCACAAGUGUCACCUCUGUGACUACGCCGCCGUGGACAGCAGCAGCCUCAAGAAGCACCUGCGGAUCCACUCGGACGAGCGGCCCUACAAGUGUCAGCUCUGCCCGUACGCCAGCCGCAACUCGAGCCAGCUCACCGUCCACCUGCGGUCCCACACAGGGGACACCCCCUUCCAGUGCUGGCUCUGUAGCGCCAAGUUCAAAAUCAGCUCGGACUUGAAAAGGCACAUGAUCGUGCACUCGGGGGAGAAGCCUUUCAAGUGCGAGUUCUGUGACGUCCGCUGCACGAUGAAGGCGAACCUCAAGUCGCACAUCCGCAUCAAGCACACGUUCAAGUGCCUGCACUGCUCCUUCCAGGGCCGGGACCGGGCCGACCUCCUGGAGCACAGCCGGCUGCACCAGGCCGACCACCCCGAGAAGUGUCCCGAGUGCAGCUACUCGUGCUCCAGCACUGCGGCCCUGCGCGUGCACAGCCGAGUGCACUGCACCGACCGCCCGUUCAAGUGUGACUUCUGCAGCUUCGACACCAAGCGGCCCAGCAGCCUGGCCAAGCACAUUGACAAGGUGCACAGGGACGAGGCCAAAACGGAGAACCAGGCCCCGCCCGGCAAGGAAGGGCCCCGAGGGAGCAGCUCCCAGCACGUGGCCAAAAUCGUGACCCAGCGGGCCUUCCGCUGCGAGACCUGCGGUGCCUCCUUCGUCAGGGACGACUCUCUGAGAUGCCACAAGAAGCAGCACAACGGCCAGAGCGAGAGCAAGAACUCAGACUUGGUCACCUUCCCGCCCGAAAGCGGUGCCCCGGGGCAGCUGGGCACCCUCUAGUUGAGCCGCAGACGGUGGUCGGCUGUCCGAACGCCAGACAGAUGCUGCGGUCCCGCCCUCCGAGUGGAGGCCGCCAAGCCAGACUUGUCACCAGCUCCGGGGACGGAUGCUCCAACUUUAUAGGCCCUCAAGGUCAUGGCCGCGGGUCACUGGCGUGAGAACCGACGCCAAAGCAACAGCGUGGAGACGCCCCUCCACGUUGCUGUCUUUCCUCCAAACAUCGGCUCCGCAAGUCGACCCAGUCGUUCCAAGGUUGGGGGGGGGGGGGGGGUCCACUGCGCACCGCUCUAUCCCACCGGGAUAGCUUCGUGAUGGAUUCCGAUCCUAAAACUGAUCCACCUCCAAUGGAAUUAUGAAACUGUUCAGACCACGUGGAGAACUAAACUGAUGUGUAUAGUGGGGGAGGCUAAGAUGGCAGCGGGGGUGCGUUACGUGGAGGACCUGGGCAUCUGGGAAAGUUCUAUUUCUUAACCUGGGUGGUGGUGAUGAGUGUUUGCCUUAUGCAUUCGUGUGGUUCCUUUUAUCAUUGUCUUAUAAUAAAAAGGCAGACUCAGCUGUAGAAUGACGUAAGAGGGACGCUCCGUUUUUCUUUACGUUCUUCCAUUAGACUGGUUAGGGUGUGGGGUUCUCCAUCCCCACCCCGUUCAGUAACGCGUUCGGGGCGCACCCAGAUUUCUCGAGGUAUUAAUGCCGCAGUGACGUGAACUGCAGCUUGACCUGUAGGUGGCGCCAGAGAUCAAGCUAACACUGGCUGAGCCCGCACGUGUGCAUUGUGAAAGGGCAUUUACAUACUUCUUAGAGAAAAGACUUGGGCCCCGGGCUUGGUUCUGGGACAUGUGAUGCAUGCGGCAGGCGGAGCUUAGGGUCUUUCAUCCCAAUAAGCACUUGGUGUUCGCCGAACCAACAAAUGAAAAUCCAAACUAAUUGUAGAUGGACAUUUUACUUUGGCCAAAUCUUAGGAGGCUCUGGAAUGCCAUGGAUCUAUAACUUAUCCAGAGUUGUUUCGUUGUUUGGCAUCUUCAAGUACAGUUUUUGUUUAAUACAAAUUCUUAUGUGCCCUCAUCAAGUUAAACAUGGGUGCUUUUAAAACCAAUUAAAUAGAUCCAUCGUUUUUGGUAAACUGGGAGAAAAAGGACGUGAAGACUUUUAUAGAUUAUACACAAGGGAAUAAAUAGUUCACUUAUGGAAGGUAUGUAGCUUAUUUCAUUAUGAAUUCUGUUUGAACAUACCUGAUUUAAGUGUGGCAGCAGGUGAAUGAUGAUACACUGUUGGAUCUCUUUGCUGUAAGGAGAAAAUGAUGUCUGAGACCCAUGAUAGAAUUAAUCUUUGCUUGCUUUGGAUUGCUUUGCUUUUCGAUUGUCCAGGAGAGUGUCUGGUGACUGAAUGCCCAUGCAUUGUACAGAUUCUGUUGUCACCUCUGUUUGUCAUGAGUCUUAUCUGUGUUUCUGUUCUAGUAGCAAGAGGGCUGUUGACCUUUCAAGUGGGAACCCGUAGAUCGAAAUCAUAUAAACGUUCCUUGAACUUUUCGUAUCACAGCUCUUCAGAUAAACAGGAAAGCCUUUUUAAAAGGUAUUUUUUUUUCCCCAGUUGUAUGGACUUCAGGGGUCUGAGGUCCACCCUGGGUAUAACCCGUGAAUUUGGAUUCCCCAUAGAGCAGAGGUUCGCGAAGAGUGCCAGACCACAUUGUAAAUAUUGGAGGCAUUGUAGGGCCGUAAGGUCUCUCUUGUGAGGAAACUCUGGCUUUAGCACAAAAGCAGCCAUAGGCUAUAAGAGAAAGAAUGAACGUGUCUGUGUUCCAAUAAAACUUUAUAAAACAAUUGAGGAAGUACAAGAGUAAACCCUUCUAGGAUGGGACUUCAAAUACAUAGAUAAGGACAGAACUGUUGGAAAGAGCCGUGAUGGCUAGGGGGCUGCUGACCUGGUGCAGACCAGAACGGCCAAGUUUCUGUGCCUCUGUUUGAAAGGUCAAUAUGGGUCUGAAAGGGGAAACUGAGUAUGUUUGCGGUCUGACUUCGCCCAGACCAGGAGUUGGUGGACUUUUUCAAUCAAGGGCCAGAUAGUAAAUAUUCUGGGCUUUGCUGGCCUUUGUCUAUUCAACUCUGUUCAUCUCUGCUGUUUUAGCACAAUUACUCAACUCUGCCUUUGUCACUAAAGUAGCCGGAAAUAAUAGGUAAGCGAAUGGGCAUAGCCGUGUGCCGAUAAAACUUUACCAAAAAAGGCCAUGAUUUGGAAGGCCUAGUUUGCUGACCCCUGAGCUGGACUAUUGAUGAGUACAAGCAACGGGGUAAAUGAUCAUGGGUUAAAAACAUGGGAAAGAGAUACUGAGAAUGCUAAAUGUCCUGGGGUCCCUUCAAGGAGGGGGCCACUUCAUGCAACAGAUGAGUUCAAGUUUAGGCAUUGGGAAAAACAGGGUCCUUCUGAUCCUUAUUCAGACUGGCUAUAAAAUCUCCAGGAAAGAGUCCAGAAAUCAAGAUGACCUCGUGUUCUUUUCUGCUUAUGGUUUCUUGCUGCCUUCUAAGCACUAUAUAGUACAUGGAUUUUUUUGUCCCAUUUAGUUUUUCUUAAAAAGGAUGAACCUGGGGCGCCUGGGUGGCUCAGUUGGUUAGGCGACAGCCUUCGGCUCAGGUCAUGAUCCUGGAGUCCCUGGAUCGAGUCCCGCAUGGGGCUCCCUGCUCGGCGGGGAGUCUGCUUCUCCCUCUGACCCUCCCCCCUCUCAUGUGCUCUCUCUCUCUCAUUCUCUCUCUCUCAAAUAAAUAAAU